AUUGAAAACUGUGAUUCAUUAGGAAAAAGAUGAAGUCGAAGUGUGGGAUUUCAUCUCACUGUUUCUUCUCUGUGGCUGCCUUAACCGGCUGCAUCUCUGUCAUUGUCAAUAUGAGUUUAACUGACCCUCCUCUGGAGUCUGUCAUAGGUGGUAUAACUGCAAGCAGGGAAUUUAAGUUUGGACCAACGUUUGUGGUGAAACCUAAAGGCAAACACCAGGCGACCAUUGUCUGGUUGCAUGGCCUUGGUGAUGAUGGCUCAAGCUGGUCCCAGCUCUUGGAAACCCUUCCGCUUCCAAAUAUCAAAUGGAUAUGCCCUACUUCUCCUGUUCAACCGUUAACUUUAUUUGACGGACUUUCUACAACUACAUGGUUUGAUAUCAUCGACAAGUCUGAAGAUGCAAGUCAAGAUGUAGAGGGAAUGGAUGCUUCAGCAGCACAUAUUUUAAGCUUGCUCUCCACUGAGCCUCCAGAUGUCAAACUUGGUGUAGGAGGCUUUAGUAUGGGUGCAGCAACUGCGAUAUACUCUGCAAGUUGCUUUGCUCGUGGAAAAUUGGGAAAUGGCACUGGUUACUCUACCCAUCUUGACGUGGUUGUUGGUCUUAGCGGCUGGCUUCCGUGUGCAAAGGAUCUAAGCAACAAGGUUGGAGGCUAUAAAGUUGAAGGUCAUGCAGCAUCCUUGCCCAUUCUGCUCUGUCAUGGCCGAGGUGAUGAUGUGGUUCACUUUCGCUAUGGUAAGAAGUCGGCAGAGAAACUAACUUCAGCUGGCUUUCGAAACUUGACUCUCAAGUCCUUCCACUCGCUCGGUCAUUACAUAAUCCCAGAAGAGAUAGAUGAGGUCUCCUCUUGGCUAAUUUCAAACCUCGAGCUCGAGGGUGAGUCCUAGUUCGUCUCCUUCAGAAACAAUCAAGACACACAUGGAUAUCGAUCGCUGCACCAACUACCAACUUAACCUAUCUUCCACUGCUUGUCUUUGUAUCAAGAACCAAGCCACGAAUUGUAACAUUUGCUUGUAAUGUUUCAUGGUUUUUCCCCAAUUUAUUUUUAGGUGGUGAUGAGAAUGGA